CCUCAUCUUUAUAGUUUUAGUCGAAACACGACCGUUAUCGUUCACUCUUCUUUUCUCUGUUUUUACUUUCUUAACCUUCUGUGUAAUGACUCCGAAUUUGCAUAUCAGCUACCAUCCGGUUAUUCAAACCAAACUUUCUCAACUGCGUCAAAAAGACAACACCCCUAAAAUUGUCAGAGAGUUGACGCAUGAACUGGCGGUCCUUUUGGCUUAUGAAGCAACCAUGAACCUGAAAACUUCAAAGACGAAAGAGAUGAUGAGUCCGUACGAGUCAUAUAAAGGAACAGAGCUAGCAGAGCGAAUUGCCCUCGUUCCAGUGCUUCGGUCCGGUCUAGGGCUUUUGGAUGGGUUUUUGCAAAUGCUUCCCGAUGCGCACGUUCUUCACUUGGGAUUAUACCGUGAAAAGAUUUCACUGCAACCAGUUGAAUAUUACAACAAGCUGCCGCAAAAUGCGGAUGUAGACCUUUGCAUUGUCGUAGAUCCUAUCAUCGCCACCGGUAAUACCGCUGUUGCCACUGUCAAUAUUUUGAAAGAAUGGGGAGUUCGCGGCUCCCAAAUCAAAUAUGUCAGCAUCCUUGGGUCACUCCAAGGUAUUUCGCAAUUGCAAACAGAGCAUCCUGAUAUCAAUAUCUAUGCUGCUGCCGUAGAUGAUACACUCGAUGAGAACGGUUAUAUCCGUCCUGGAGUGGGCGAUACGGGAGAUAGAUUGUGGAAUACGUUGUUCUAAAUUGUGUACUUGAUUUAGUGGUUCAUAAAGGAGCUUCUUUUCUUUCUCAUCAGUGUCGUUUGCAUUUCCCCUUUUUUUAUGAUUGCAAAAGCCAAUGCUUAUUUAAAUGCGCUAUUAUCUGUUUUUGUCAUCCAUAAAAUUUUGGUCAUGAAUUUACAUCAAAAAAUAU